GGGAGGGUGUGUGCGCGUGAGAGCCCGAGCGAGCUCGAGGAGGAGUGCCGCCCGGGCUGAGGGCGAGAUCGCCACGCCUCGCGGACGAGGAGCACGCAGCAGCAGCAGUUUACGGAUGAAGACAAUAGUGACGUUCUCAGUUUAAACUUCACAUUUUGCAGUUGGUUAAAGGAACCGUAAAAGGCCAGUCCGGCGCUGGUGAGUGUGACACAGUGCCUCCUGCUUCGCGCUUGGACAGGGAACGUCUCCUCAGUGCAAUGCCUUUCCCGUUUGGAAAAUCGCAGAAGAGCCCCGCCGAGAUCGUUAGGAGCUUAAAAGAGAACAUGGCUUACUUGGAAAAACUGGACACCUCCGAAGGCAAAAAAUGUGAGAAGGUGGUGGAGGAGGUGUCCAAGAGCCUGUCGCAGCUGAAGGAGGUCCUGUGCGGCACCAGCGACAAGGAGCCGCAGACCGAAGCCGUGGCGCAGCUGGCGCAGGAGCUGUACAACACCAACCUGCUCGUCGCGCUCGUCGCCAACCUGCAGAGGAUCGACUUCGAGUCUUUUAAACGCCUCUGGUUUUUAGUGGUGCGCAGACCUCCGAGGUGCCGUAGAGGGCGAGACCCCCCCGCGCUGAUCUCCCGCCCCCCUGGCUGCAGGUACGAGAGCCCGGAGGUGGCGCUGAACUGCGGCAUGAUGCUGCGCGAGUGUCUGCGGCACGAGCCCCUGGCGCGCAGCGUGCUGUACUCCGAGGAGUUCUUCUGCUUCUUCCGCUACGUGGAGCUGUCCACCUUCGACAUCGCCUCGGACGCCUUCGCCUCCUUCAAGGAUCUGUUAACGAGGCACAAGAUCAUGUGUUCGGAUUUCUUGGAGACGAAUUACGACAGGGUGUUUACAGAAUACGAGAAGCUGCUGCACUCCGACAAUUAUGUGACCAAGAGGCAGUCUUUGAAGCUGCUGGGAGAGCUGCUCCUGGACCGGCACAACUUCACCGUGAUGACCCGCUACAUCAGCCGGGCCGAGAACCUCAAGCUCAUGAUGAACCUGCUGAGGGACAACAGCCGCAACAUCCAGUUUGAGGCCUUCCACGUCUUCAAGGUGUUUGUCGCCAACCCCAACAAGACCCAGCCCGUGAUGGACAUUCUCCUGAAGAACCAGGCCAAGCUGGUGGAGUUCCUCAGCAAGUUCCACACGGACCGAUCCGAAGACGAGCAGUUCUGCGACGAGAAGAACUACCUGAUCAAGCAGAUCCGGGAUCUGAGGAGGGCCACACCCCAGGAGACCUAAAGCCCUCCCAGCAUGCCCCUGGGCCCCCUGAGCGCGUCAAACUCAACUCCCCCACCUCCACAGGGGGGUGGUAGGACCCCGAUUCCUGUAGACACUUGACCUGCCUGCUAGGGUCAAGAAGUGGGUCUUGAAAAUUUGGGGGAUAUACCCUACCACCCCAGUACUUCCCUAAAUCUCCUCCAAGGAGGAUGAGCAGCUUGUUAUUUAACCCAUGUCUGGGGUUCCAAUUUUUUUAACUGGCUGAGCUGUGUGCGUUCAAUAGCUAACUUUAUUAAAAAAAAAUCAAACAAUGUUUUCUUUAAAAAAAAAACUUAUAAGCGUUUAAAAAACCUCUCUAAAGAAAUGCCUUAAGACAGUGCUUGAUUUAAAACUGGGUGACGGAUGUGAUUAGAAAGUCCCUCAGAGCUGCCAUUUUCUGAGCCUUAAAACCUGGAAGGCUUCCUGGCUUCUGACUGCUCGGCAUCUUUGUGUUUGCUUUUGGGGUUUGAGACCGGCGAGUGUAAACGCAGUGUGUGAGCUACAGUAAUUGCACAUUACUGGGGCUGGUACCUGAAUAUAUUGUGCAUUGUUACUGUAUGUAUAUAUAUAUCUCUCUCCAGUGUGUAUCUGCCUGCCUGUGCUGACGACUGUGAUUGUUCGCUUUGCGUCAAUGAGGGGAGCACUGCGUCUCUAGGGCUGCCAGUUCACGUCCCAGGCUGUGGGGUGUUGCCGACCUUGACCCUAACUGCACCCCCCAGCUCCACUCGCUGUUGUUCCGGGUCGUCGGCGGAACUGUGCACGGCCUCCCUUAUUUAUAACUUAAUAAAUAUGCUGCUGACAGUAUAUAUAUAUAAAAAAAUAGGAAUGCUUACGUGUUACAAUGGGGAAAUUUGAUAAACGAAUUAAGUGCUGUAUUGAAUUUACCAAGGUGAACCGUUUAGAGUUAUAAAUAAAAACAAGCCAUCAGUGCAGAGCAGGGUUAGCCGUUGUCUGUUCUCAUGCGAAUUCCUGUGAAUGACAGGAAUAUAUCAUUAGUGAAGUUAUGAAGGGUCUGGAUGGGGAUCAAAUGCGGGCAAACAGCCUGUAUCCUGGGAUUGGAAAUUGCUCUCUCUAGGGGGAAAGUUAACAUCUGGGUCCUAAGGGACAUUAAAGUAACGUUUGUAGAAAUAGUUUUAGGGUCUGAUUAUGCACUUAGAAUAAUUCCUGUAGAUCUUGAGAAAUGUAGCUUGCAGUUUACUAUUUAUGCUUGCAUUUUCUCUUCUUGGUAUUUUAUAUGGAUAGGACAAAUUUAUACCCAGUUUGGCGUAUAUAUAUAUAAGAGUCACAAAUUAAAGUGCCUCUUGAUUUUGAUUAAAAUCAGAUUUGUUUCCUUACAAAGGUUUCCUGUAUAAGGGUUCACAACUCGAGUCCUCAGGGACUAGAAUCCACCUGGUUUUCUAGGUCUCCUGCAGUUGUGAGCAGCUCUUCCCCUGGGUGAAGGGUUAAACCGCUUUCGGUAGCUUUGGAAACCUGCACAUCCUAGACAAGUAGGUCUGGAAUUUUUUUCUUUUUUUUUUUUAUAUUUGAUUGAGCUCUUAAG